AUGCAGUUAAUCUACGAUGUAUCGCACAAUAUUGCGAAGAUCGAGCAACACAUGGUCGACGGAAAAGAACGCACCCUGUGCGUUCACCGGAAAGGCUCCACUCGGGCGUUUCCGCCGCAUCACCCCUUGAUACCGGUCGAUUAUCAGUUCACUGGGCAGCCGGUUUUGAUUGGCGGUACGAUGGGAACAUGCAGCUACGUACUAACCGGUACCGAUCAAGGCAUGCAAGAAACGUUUGGGACUACGUGUCACGGCGCGGGUCGCUCAAUGUCGAGAGCAAAGUCGCGAAGGAAUUUGGAUUUCCAGGAUGUUCUGGACGCCCUGGCCGCGCAAGGCAUAUCGAUUCGGGUUGCUUCACCGAAACUUGUCAUGGAAGAAGCUCCGGAGUCGUACAAAAACGUUACCGACGUUGUGAACACUUGCCACGAAGCAGGCAUCAGCAAAAAGUGCAUCAAGCUCAGGCCCAUAGCCGUUAUUAAAGGAUAG